ACGUAGCGACUUCAAAUAGGCUAAUGCCUCAGUCAGCAUUACUCAUUUUGGAACAGACUGAGAGAAAGCAGAAUCAAAAUGAAGAAGUUACUUGUGGUUGUCUUCUUUUUGGUCCUGAUGACCACUUUUACAGACACUUCACCAAUUUUGACUGAAAAAGACGCCAAACAGAUUCUGAGAACCCGUCGUGAAGACAGACCGAGAAAAGCUGGUUUCCCUGAUGAGCCAAUGAGGGAGCAUAUGCUUUACCUUCAGCGCUUGGAGCAGAGAUCAGAAGAACAAUUCCUUGAACACUGGUUGAAUCCACAUUGCUUGCCUCACUGCAACAGGGAUUUAGUGCAUCCAAUCUAAUGGUUUUGCCUACCCUGCAAUCGAUCUCUUCAUGGGCACUGAAGAGGAUAUAUACUAUGAUUGUGUUAAGGAGGACAAGAUUAUUCCUGCAUUGGCUAUGUGCUCAUGGUAGAGCUGAGCCUCUUUGCAUUACAGUGCAAUCCUAGUGACAUAGCAAAAUUUUCAACUAUAAAUGGCUAGAUAUGUUAUAGACCACCAUAUAUUUUCUACCAGUAAUGACUGUAUGCAUGCAUGAAUAAACAAAUCGAGGGUUUCCUCAGUUUCUGAGGUAUGGGCAAGAAUAAAUCACUGGUUAGUCCU